GCUUGAGCAAGAGCUGACACCUCUCACAUCAGUGCUCAGUUUGGUUCGAGAAGGACCAGCCAAUUUAAUGAGGUUGUAGAGUAGUUAAUUGUUGAGAAAAGUUGCAGAAAACUCUUCAGAAUCCAUUAAAUAACAUGGCACGUCUUUCUUUCAAAACUGUAUGUAAAGGCACAGCGCUUUUGUUCUUUGUCAUUCUUCUGGGGUUGAAUGCAGAAACUACUAUAGCUCCUGCCACUACAAGCUCUCCUUCAGCUGAGCUUCAAACAUCAGCUUCUCAAAAGCCAGAUGUGAUCAGGGACCUCCUAGUGUCGGAAAUCACAACAUCAUCUGUAUUUCUGAAAUGGGAAGAAUCAACAGGAUAUAGAUCUUUCUUUAAAAUCCAGUGGACUGAUGAUAAAACAAAUGCAACUACUAACACUUCCUCCUAUCUCAUCACUGGUCUGACUUCUGGAGUCAAUUACACAUUCUGCAUCACUGCUGUGGCGGCAGAUCAAUCAACAGAAAGUGAAUCUGUCUGUAUCUCAGCAUGGACCAAGCCAGAUAUGAUCAAUAAUCUCAAAGUGACCGAAAUCACAACAUCGUCUGUGUUUCUGACAUGGGAUGAACGAUUUGGAAAUAUAUCUUUUUUUAAACUUAACUGGACUGAUGAGAAAACAUCUAAUCAUGUAACAACCAAUAACACAUGGUAUAACAUCACUGAUCUGACUGCUGGAGUCAAUUACACAUUUAUCAUCACAGCUGUUGCAGCAGAUAAAUCAACAGAAGGAUAUCUUCACUAUGGGCCAGAUGUGAUCAAGGACCUCCUAGUGUCGGAAAUCACAACAUCAUCUGUAUUUCUGAAAUGGGAAGAAUCAACUGGAUAUAGAUCUUUCUUUAAAAUCCAGUGGACUGAUGAUAAAACAAAUGCAACUACUAACACUUCCUCCUAUCUCAUCACUGGUCUGACUUCUGGAGUCAAUUACACAUUCUGCAUCACUGCAGUGGCGGCAGAUCAAUCAACAGAAAGUGAAUCUGUCUGUAUCUCAGCAUGGACCAAACCUGACAUCAUUAUGAACCUGACAGCUGAUGAUAUUACAUCAUCCUCUGUUUUACUAAACUGGAUUAAACCAUAUGGCCAAAGCUCUCGUUACCGUGUAGAAUAUGAAAAUAAAAAUGUGUCUACAGAAAACACCUCCAUCAAGUUAAAUGAUCUGAUUCCUGGAGCACAGUACACAUUCAGAGUGUUUGCAGUUGCAGCUGAUCAUGUGACCGAGGGGAGAGCCAAUCAGAUUUCACUUUAUACCAAGCCAGCUUUGAUCAGGGACCUCCUAGUGUCGGAAAUCACAACAUCAUCUGUAUUUCUGAAAUGGGAAGAAUCAACAGGAUAUAGAUCUUUCUUUAAAAUCCAGUGGACUGAUGAUAAAACAAAUGCAACUACUAACACUUCCUCCUAUCUCAUCACUGGUCUGACUUCUGGAGUCAAUUACACAUUCUGCAUCACUGCAGUGGCGGCAGAUCAAUCAACAGAAAGUGAAUCUGUCUGUAUCUCAGCAUGGACCAAACCUGACAUCAUUAUGAACCUGACAGCUGAUGAUAUUACAGCAUCCUCUGUUUUACUAAACUGGACUAAACCAUAUGGCCAAAGCUCUCAUUACCGUGUAGAAUAUGAAAAUAAAAAUGUGUUUACAGAAAACACCUCCAUCAAGAUAAAUGAUCUGAUUCCUGGAGCACAGUACACAUUCAGAGUGUUUGCAGUUGCAGCUGAUCAUGUGACCGAGGGGAGAGCCAAUAAGAUUUCACUUUAUACCAAGCCAAAUGUGAUCAAGAAUCUCAGAGUGUCUGAAAUCACAACAUCAUCUGUGUUUCUGACAUGGGAUGAACCAGCUGGAAAUAGAUCUUUCUUUAAACUUAAUUGGACCGAUCAAAAAUUUGACUUGAUCAGAAAUGCAAUAGCAACUACUAACACUUUCUAUAACAUUACUGGUCUGACUUCUGGAGUCAAUUACACAUUAAUCAUCACAGCUGUGGCAGCAGAUAAAUCAACAGAAGGAGGAUCAGUGGCUACCUCAAAUUAUACUAAGCCUGACAUCAUUAUGAUCCUCACAGCUGAUGAUAUUACAGCAUCCUCUGUUUUACUAAACUGGACUAAACCAUAUGGCCAAAGCUCUCGUUACCAUGUAGAAUAUGAAAAUAGCAAUUUGACUACUGAAAACACCUCCAUCAAAAUAGAUCAUCUGAUUCCUGGAGCACAGUACACAUUCAAAGUGUUUGCAGUUGCAGCUGAUCAUGUGACCGAGGGGAGAGCCAAUCAGAUGUCACUGCACACCAAACCUGACAUCAUUAUGAACCUGACAGCUGAUGAUAUUACAGCAUCCUCUGUUUUACUAAACUGGACUAAACCAUAUGGCCAAAGCUCUUGUUACCGUGUAGAAUAUGAAAAUAACAAUGUGACUACUGAAAAUACCUCCAUCAAAAUAGAUCAUCUGACUCCUGGAGCACAGUACACAUUCAGAGUGUUUGCAGUUGCAGCUGAUCAUGUGACCGAGGGGAGAGCCAAUCAGAUUUCACUGCACACCAAGCCAGCUUUGAUCAGGGACCUCCUAGUGUCUGAAAUCACAACAUCAUGUGUGUUUCUGACAUGGGAAGAACCAACUGGAUCUAGAUCUUUCUUUAAAAUCCAGUGGACUGAUGAUAAAACAACUGCAACUACUAACACUUCCUCCUAUCUCAUCACUGGUCUGACUUCUGGAGUCAGUUACACAUUCUGCAUCACUGCUGUGGCGGCAGAUCAAUCAACAGAAAGUGAAUCUGUCUGUAUCUCAGCAUGGACCAAGCCAGAUAUGAUCAAGAAUCUCAAAGUGACCGAAAUCACAACAUCGUCUGUGUUUCUGACAUGGGAUGAACCAUUUGGAAAUAUAUCUUUUUUAAAACUUAAUUGGACUGAUGAGAAAACAUCUAAUCAUGUAACAACAAAUAACACAUGGUAUAACAUCACUGAUUUGACUGCUGGAGUCAAUUACACAUUUAUCAUCACAGCUGUUGCAGCAGAUAAAUCAACAGAAGGAGAAGCAGUGGUUACCUCUAAAUAUACUAAGCCUGACAUCAUUAUGAACCUGACAGCUGAUGAUAUUACAGCAUCCUCUGUUUUACUAAACUGGACUAAACCAUAUGGCCAAAGCUCUCGUUACCGUGUAGAAUAUGAAAAUAACAAUGCGACUACUGAAAACACCUCCAUCAAAAUUUAUCAUCUGACUCCUGGAGCACAGUACACAUUCAGAGUGUUUGCAGUUGCAGCUGAUCAUGUGACCAAGGGGAGAGACAAUCAGAUUUCACUGUAUACCAAGCCAGAUAUGAUCAAGAAUCUCAAAGUGACCGAAAUCACAACAUCGUCUGUGUUUCUGACAUGGGAUGAACCAUUUGGAAAUAUAUCUUUUUUAAAACUUAAUUGGACUGAUGAGAAAACAUCUAAUCAUGUAACAACAAAUAACACAUGGUAUAACAUCACUGAUUUGACUGCUGGAGUCAAUUACACAUUUAUCAUCACAGCUGUUGCAACAGAUAAAUCAACAGAAGGAGAAUCAGUGGUUACCUCUAAAUAUACUAAGCCUGACAUUAUUAUGAACCUGACAGCUGAUGAUAUUACAGCAUCCUCUGUUUUACUAAACUGGACUAAACCAUAUGGCCAAAGCUCUUGUUACCAUGUAGAAUAUGAAAAUAACAAUGUGACUACUGAAAACACAUCCAUCAAAAUAGAUCAUCUGACUCCUGGAGCAAAGUACACAUUCAGAGUGUUUGCAGUUGCAACUGAUCAUGUGACCAAGGGGAGAGCCAAUAAUAUUUCACUGUACACCAAGCCAGAUGUGAUCAAGAAUCUCAGAGUGUCUGAAAUCAGAACAUCAUCUGUGUUUCUGACAUGGGAUGAACCAUUUGGAAAUAGAUCUUUCUUUAAACUUAAUUGGACCGAUCAGAAAUUUGACUUGAUCAGAAAUGCAAUAGAAACUACUAACACUUCCUCCUAUCUCAUCUCUGGUCUGACUUCUGGAGUCAAUUACACAUUCUGCAUCACUGCUGUGGCGGCAGAUAAAUCAACAGAAAGUGAAUCUGUCUGUAUCUCAGCAUGGACCAAGCCAGAUAUGAUCAAGAAUCUCAAAGUGACCGAAAUCACAACAUCGUCUGUGUUUCUGACAUGGGAUGAACCAUUUGGAAAUAGAUCUUUAUUUAAACUUAAUUGGACUGAUGAGAAAACAUCUAAUCAUGUAACAACAAAUAAAACAUGGUAUAACAUCACUGAUUUGACUGCUGGAGUCAAUUACACAUUUAUCAUCACAGCUGUUGCAGCAGAUAAAUCAACAGAAGGAGAAUCAGUGGUUACCUCUAAAUAUACUAAACCUGACAUCAUUAUGAACCUGACAUCUGAUCAUAUUACAUCAUCCUCUGUUUUACUAAAUUGGACUAAACCAUAUGGCCAAAGCUCUUGUUACCGUGUAGAAUAUGAAAAUAACAAUGUGACUACUGAAAACACAUCCAUCAAAAUAGAUCAUCUGACUCCUGGAGCAAAGUACACAUUCAGAGUGUUUGCAGUUGCAGCUGAUCAUGUGACCGAGGGGAGAGGCAAUCAGAUUUCACUGUAUACCAAGCCAGAUGUGAUCAAGAAUCUGAAAGUGACCAAAAUCACAACAUCAUCUGUGUUUCUGACAUGGGAUGAACCAUUUGGAAAUAGAUCUUUAUUUAAACUUAAUUGGACUGAUGAGAAAACAUCUAAUCAUGUAACAACCAAUAACACAUGGUAUAACAUCACUGAUUUGACUGCUGGAGUCAAUUACACAUUUAUCAUCACGGCUGUUGCAGCAGAUAAAUCAACAGAAGGAGAAUCAGUGGUUACCUCUAAAUAUACUAAGCCUGACAUCAUUAUGAACCUGACAGCUGAUGAUAUUACAGCAUCCUCUGUUUUACUAAACUGGAUUAAACCAUAUGGCCAAAGCUCUUGUUACCGUGUAGAAUAUGAAAAUAACAAUGCGACUACUGAAAAUACCUCCAUCAAAAUAGAUCAUCUGACUCCUGGAGCACAGUACAAAUUCAGAGUUUUUGCAGUUGCAACUGAUCAUGUGACCGAAGGGAGAGCCAAUCAGAUUUCACUGUAUACCAAGCCAAAUGUGAUCAAGAAUCUCAGAGUGUCUGAAAUCACAACAUCAUCUGUGUUUCUGACAUGGGAUGAGCCAUUUGGAAAUAGAUCUUUCUUUAAAAUCCAAUGGACUGGUGAUCAAAUAAAUGGAUAUUCAGCAACUAUUAACACUUACUAUAACAUCACUAGACUGACUGCUGGAGUAAAUUACACAUUAUGUAUCACUGCUCUUACUGCACAUAAUGUAGACGAAAGUGAACCUUUCUGCAUCUGCAAAUAUACUGAGCCAGAUGUGAUCAAGUAUCUGAGAGUGUCUGAAAUCACAACAUCAUCUGUGUUUCUGACAUGGGAUGAACCAGCUGGAAAUAGAUCUUUCUUUAAACUUAACUGGACUGAUGAGAAAACAUCUAAUCAUGUAACAACCAAUAACACAUGGUAUAACAUCACUGAUCUGACUGCUGGAGUCAAUUACACAUUUAUCAUCACAGCUGUUGCAGCAGAUAAAUCAACAGAAGGAGAAUCAGUGGUUACCUCUAAAUAUACUAAGCCUGACAUCAUUAUGAACCUGACAGCUGAUGAUAUUACAGCAUCCUCUGUUUUACUAAACUGGAUUAAACCAUAUGGCCAAAGCUCUUGUUACCGUGUAGAAUAUGAAAAUAACAAUGCGACUACUGAAAAUACCUCCAUCAAAAUAGAUCAUCUGACUCCUGGAGCACAGUACAAAUUCAGAGUUUUUGCAGUUGCAACUGAUCAUGUGACCGAAGGGAGAGCCAAUCAGAUUUCACUGUAUACCAAGCCAAAUGUGAUCAAGAAUCUCAGAGUGUCUGAAAUCACAACAUCAUCUGUGUUUCUGACAUGGGAUGAGCCAUUUGGAAAUAGAUCUUUCUUUAAAAUCCAAUGGACUGGUGAUCAAAUAAAUGGAUAUUCAGCAACUAUUAACACUUACUAUAACAUCACUAGACUGACUGCUGGAGUAAAUUACACAUUAUGUAUCACUGCUCUUACUGCACAUAAUGUAGACGAAAGUGAACCUUUCUGCAUCUGCAAAUAUACUGAGCCAGAUGUGAUCAAGUAUCUGAGAGUGUCUGAAAUCACAACAUCAUCUGUGUUUCUGACAUGGGAUGAACCAGCUGGAAAUAGAUCUUUCUUUAAACUUAACUGGACUGAUGAGAAAACAUCUAAUCAUGUAACAACCAAUAACACAUGGUAUAACAUCACUGAUCUGACUGCUGGAGUCAAUUACACAUUUAUCAUCACAGCUGUUGCAGCAGAUAAAUCAACAGAAGGAGAAGCAGUGGUUACCUCAAAACAUACGAAACCUGACAUCAUUAUGAACCUCACAGCUGAUGAUAUUACAGCAUCCUCUGUUUUACUAAACUGGACUAAACCAUAUGGCCAAAGCUCUUGUUACCAUGUAGAAUAUGAAAAUAACAAUGUGACUACUGAAAACACCUCCAUCAAAAUAGAUCAUCUGACUCCUGGAGCACAGUACACAUUCAGAGUGUUUGCAGUUGCAGCUGAUCAUGUGACCGAAGGGAGAGCCAAUCAGAUUUCACUGUAUACCAAGCCAGAUGUGAUCAGGAAUCUCAGAGUGUCUGAAAUCACAACAACAUCUGUGUUUUUGACAUGGGAUGAACCAGCUGGAAAUAUAUAUUUCUUUAAACUACAAUGGACUGAUGAGAAAACAAGUGCAACUACUAACACUUCCUCCUAUCUCAUCUCUGGUCUGACUGCUGGAGUCAGUUACACAUUCUGCAUCACUGCUGUGGCGGCAGAUCGAUCAACAGAAGGAGAAACAUUCUGCAUCUCACAAUAUACCAAAUUGGACAUUUGGCUGAUUGUUGGUGUAGCUUUGGCAGCGAUCUGUUUUCUCUUCAUCAUCAUUCUGAUUCUCUUCUUCUAUUCAAGAAGAAAAGCAAAGGAACAGUAUCCUGACAUCCCUUUACACAUUUUUAGUAAUACUGCUAUGAGAAUAGUUGAUUAUGAAGAGCAGUUUAAACGGAAGCAAGCAGAUGGUUUUGCUGAAGAGUUUGAGAAGUUGAAAGCUAUUGGAAUGGCACAGUCAAAAAACGCAGCCCAGGCUAUUGAAAACAAGGAGAAGAAUCGUGACGGCAGUGUGUUACCUUAUGAUGCUUCAAGAGUGAAGUUAUCAAAAUGUGGCAGCCCCUUUGAUGAUUACAUUAAUGCCAGCUAUGUCCCAGGCUACAAGUCAAGAGAAGAGUUUAUAGCUGCUCAGUGUCCGUUGCCCACCACAGUGGAUGAAUUUUGGAGAAUGAUAUGGGAGAAGAACGUCUACACUAUAGUGAUGCUGAACAAACGCAACGAGAAGGUAAUGAAAUGUGAGAAGUACUGGCCAUCUGGAACUUAUAAUUAUCAUAACAUCUCUGUGACAACCACCUCAGAGACAGACCUGGAGAGUUGGAUCAUAAGAGACUUCAGAAUAAAAAAUGUGAAAACAGAAGAAACUCGUAACAUAUGCCAGUUCCACUUCACCGCGUGGCCAGAUCAUGAAAUUCCAGCAUCCACUGAAGUCCUCAUUGAUUUCAGAUGCCUGGUUAGAAAACACAUGGACCAGUACUCACGCCACUCUCCAGCUGUGGUGCAUUGCAGUUCUGGUAUGGCAACAGGGGUCUUCAUUGCCAUUGACCACCUGAUCUUCCAGAUUGAAAGAGACAGUAUGGUGGAUGUCUAUGGAAUUGUUACUGAUAUGCAAAUGCACAGGCCCCUCAUGAUACAGACUGAGGCACACUAUUCUUACCUCCACCAGUGUGCGUAUGACAUAAUUCGAUCAAGAACUGGAACUAACAUGGAUUUAAUUUAUCAGAACACAGAAGCACCGCAAAUCUAUGAGAAAAUACAGCAUAUCUAAAGCAAUAAAAUGGCCCUUGCCGAUUUUAUCAGACAGAUUUAAGAUUGUAUACAGUACAUUUUAAACUUGAUUUCAAAAUAAUGAAAUCCACACUUUACAUAUAGCUGGGUGUAAUUUAUUUCUUGCACACUAUUCAAAACAUGAAUAACAUUUUCAUUUGAAUGAAUAAAUUAAAAAGUUAAAAACACUGAAAAUGCUGAUACACUUGAUCAUGUAAAUAUGUCUGAAAUCAAAAUAUAUAUUUUUUUACUUUUCCAAAGAUCAUAUUUGUAUAAUUUGACAUUAUAUAUUCACUGUAACCCCUCUACAUUUGUAUAAAACAUUUAUCACUUCUCAUGUUAU